AUGUCCUACUACGCCUACAACCCCUACGUCGUCACCCAUCAAGAUUCGGACUACUUCAAACGUAACGACUUCCUAACCCGCUUCAUCAACUACCUAUCCGAUCAAAUGUCGUCAUUCCUUACGACUUCGGAGACAAAACCACAAAUCAUUGCCUAUGCUGCCGGAGCAGGGUUGGCAGCAGGGGUGUUGAUAUAUGUCUUCGGUCCGACUUUCUUCAUCGAUGGGAAUAGUAUGAAUGGGAAUGUUGUUGCCGGUGGUUCUGGGAAGAGGAAGCAGACCGUUGUUGGACUUUAUAAUCCUGCCAAUGAUUGUUUCGUAAAUUCGGUUCUGCAGGCUUUGGCGGGGUGUGGUGAGUUGAGGAAGUUCUUGGGAGGGAGGAUGGGGGUUCAAGGAGAGCUUGAGGAGUUUGAAGGGAACGGAAGGGUUGCUUGGAAAGGACGUAGGCCGGUUUUGACGAGAGCUUUGAAGGUUAUGCUUGAUAAGCUUAAUGAGCGCCCGUUACAUAGGAAGACGAUUUCGACCAGGGAUUUCAUUUAUGAGCUUGAACGGGUUUUCAGAUCGCGGAUUUCGAGGAACCAACAGGAUGCGCAAGAAUUUUUGCAGAUUGUGGCACAGACUUUGGCGGAGGAGUAUGAAGCGCAGGAGAAGGUUAGACUGAUGGUUAAGAAUGUUGAAGAAGGGAAGGAAAAGGAAGAGGAAGAGAGCGAUAAAGAAGAGGAAACUGACGAUGAUAACGAAGAAGGAGAAGAGAAUAAGGAGAAGGGGAGUGAGAAUGCUAAGGUAGAGGAUCAGAAACAGGAAGACGACACGAGCGAGCACAGCUUUGAGGUUGUGACAGCUGUGGAUGAGCAGAACGAGGAAGUGAAGGAAGCUGAAGCCGAUAUCUCAACCGUUGAAAGCGUUAAGUCGACAACUGAAGAACCUGAAUCAACUGCCACCGAGCUGUCGACACCCGAAACAUCGAACGAUGAGGGAGAAUCAUCAUUCACAGAUACAGAUCAGGAGUCAUCGAAGCCCAAACCGAAACAUGUCUCCUUGGACACUAAAAUCAAGGAGCUAGAGAAGGAAGAAGCGGAGGCGGAGAAGGAAAAGACAAAGAAGGAAGAACCGAAGAUCCCAGAGUUUGGUAUGCCAAUGGAAGGAAAGUUGGAAUCGGGGAUUCAAUGUCUUGUCUGUGGAUUCGAGCCGAAGCCUACUGGAUCUACAUUUGUCGUUUUGACCCUCAACGUCCCGAUGAAAAGUUCUGCGACACUCGAUGACUGCUUUAACGAACAUCUAUCUACGGAAUUCAUUGAUGACUUUCAAUGCGCGAAAUGCAAGCUGGCCAAGAUGAUCGCGGUUCAAGAGAAGAGGCUUGCCACCACGAAGGAUGAAAAGGAAGCUAGCGCUCUCAAAGAUUCUCUAGAAACACUAAACGACUGUCUGAAGAACAACCCAGAGGAAAUACCAAAGGACACACUCCUCCCGUCGCCAAAACUCACAACUGUCAAAUCACGCAUCGCGAAACGAACAUACUUUGCACAUUGUCCGAAUGUACUGGCCAUUCAUCUAUCAAGAUCUAUCUUCGAUUACUACUCGAGGAAGAACAGCUGUAAAGUGGCUUUCCCCGAGGAGCUAUUGCUCGGACCGUUGUUGAAUCGAAGUAAAUACAAGUUGCUGGGGUUGAUUACCCACAGGGGUAGUCAUGAUAGUGGACAUUAUGAGUGUUAUAGACGUCAAAAUUCGCAUCCGCCACCUUAUUCGACCCCUAUGACGAUGAUGAUGCCUAAGGGUGAAGUUGGAACACCCGUGACACCAGUUACGCCGGCAACUUUGGAGACACCGGCUUCACAAAUACAGACACAGACACCAACGACGCCGACGCCGACGCCCGGGACGAGUCAGCUUAAUUUAGGAGAGAAGACUGGGGAAAGUAGUAAUGGAAACUCUACUCCCGCCACUUCUGCCACUGUCUCGGCUUCGGCUUCAGUUUUACAGUUGGACGAGAAGAAGAAGGUUGUUACGACCGGGAGUGCGCUUCCAACGAGUAGUGAAAAGGUUGUGGCUACGGCUGCGGGGAAGGCAUCAAAGGUCGAUACCCUCUCGUUGAAGAGCUUUCCAUCGAAAGGAAAGAAAGCGAAGGGGGUUGAUAGCCGAUGGUGGAGGAUCAGUGACGAUUCUGUGAAGGAGGUUAAGACGAAUGAUGUAUUGGGGCUACAGAAGGAGGUAUAUUUGUUGUUUUAUGAGAAGGUUCAUCCGGAGAGGUGA